AUGACUCCUUGGGCGUCAAGUGUUGCCAGUUGUAUAGCUAAGAACUGCCGGGGUUCAGAAGUCAAGCAAGCUACCUCUUUGGCCAUUUCUCUCUGUUCAGUUGUUGGUGCAUGGGUACCAUAUUGGAUUAUUAACCCUUCUGCUUCUGCUUCUUUGGUUGCUGCCGCCGCUCUCGAGGCAGAGACCACUUCUGACCUAACUAGCAGCUCCAUCGCAUCUGAAUCCUCUGAAAUUCCAAGCUCCAUCAGUGCAGCUGAGACAUCCGCCGAGACUUCUACUGUCUCCUCUGCUGAGCCUUCGGCUGAGAUUUCGGCUGACACUGCCACCGAAACUUCUGCUGAGCCCUCUGCUGAGCCCUCUGCUGAGCCCUCUGCUGAGACUUCUGCUGAUGCCUCCAGCGCAACAUCUGCUGAGACUUCUGUCCUCAUCACUGUCACUUCAUGCUCCCACAAGAAAUGUACCGCUGUUCCAACCAUCGCCAUUGAGUCGAAGUACACUACCACUUUGUUUGGAACUGAAGUGGUUUACACAACCUACUGUCCAUUGCCAACUGAAAGCGAGGAGAAGGUCAUAACUGUAACCGUGACUUCAUGUUCCGAGAAUAAGUGUACCUCCAAGCCUUCGCUUGCCAUUGAGUCGGUUGCAACUGUUACCAAGGAAGGAACCGUCACCACUUACACCACAUACUGUCCACUUAGUACCGGUACGUCUGGUUCCUCUGGUUCCUCUGGCUCCUCUGGUUCCUCUGGUUCCUCUGGUUCCUCUGGCUCUUCUGGUUCCUCUGGUUCCUCUGGUUCCUCUGGUUCCUCUGGUUCCUCUGGUUCCUCUGGUUCCUCUGGUUCCUCUGGUUCCUCUGGUUCUUCUGGUUCCUCUGGCUCCUCUGGCUCCUCUGGUUCCUCUGGUUCUUCCGGUUCCUCUGGUUCCUCUGGUUCUUCUGGCUCCUCUGGUUCUUCUGGCUCUGCUGGUUCUUCUGGUUCUUCUGGCUCUUCUGGCUCUUCUGGUUCCUCUGGUUCUUCUGGAACCGCUUCUACCCCAGGUUCUGCAUCAUCAGUUGCUUCAGUAGCCGAGGGUGCUGCUUCCACUCAAAGGAACUCUUUGAUCGCAUUGUGGUUAGCACUCAUAGUGCCGGCAUUGGGCGUCUUCUAA